AUUUGUCAUGAAGUCUAAUUUCAUGAACCAACCAGAAUUGAGUUGGGUGGGGUGACAUUCAUGUGAUCGGUCGAGAAUACAUUUUGCUUUCAGAUGCCCAGCAGCAGGGAACCGUGCUGAGAUGCUGCUGACUCCCUCUUCUCUCUCUCGCUCUCGCUCUCGCUCUCUCUCUCUCUCUCUCUCUCUCUCUCUCUCUCUCUCUCUCUCUCUCUCUCUCUCUCUCUCUCUCUCUCUCUCUCUCUCUCUCUCUCUCUCUCUCUCUCUCUCUCUCUCUCCUAUGCGGCAGAUGUAAGAUGCACGCACCUUGUUGAAGUGACAGAUCAUGGGAAAUGUGUUGUGUAUCGCAAGACAUGAUUAUGACGCUUUAUUAUCUCAGGCAAACACAAUGAUUCUCAGCCCGAAUGGAGUAUUCAUUCAACACCAGAACAUAGUCCCAUGAAAGUGUGUCUGCGCUGGGACACAUAGCAGCGACAGCAACGACAUGGCCAACUGUCCACACCAGUGGUUGCCUCUGGUAAAUGUGCGUCAUGACUACCUUGGCCUAAGGUCCUACCGGGUCUCUCCUUUGACAUCGCUCGGUGAGAUGAAGCAGUUACUCUACGAAGACACAAACCUGCCUGUCAGAGAGCAGCGACUCGUUCACAAUGGCAAAGUGCUGGAUGACAGCAUGCCGAUUGGUACUUUGCUGCCCACAGGAAGUCCUGAGGUAUCUUUCACACUGGAGGGAAGAGGCCUCAAAGGCGGCGGGAGAUUCGGGCAGACUGCGCCGCCACUGGUUGAAUUUCUCAAAGAUAUUCUGGGGAGGUACCCUGAAGGUGGACAGAUUCUGAAAGAGCUGAUUCAAAAUGCUGAGGAUGCUGGAGCCACCGAAGUCAAGUUCAUGUAUGACGAGACGGAGUAUGGGGUGGAGUCACUGUGGUCACCUGACAUGGCUGAGCAUCAAGGUACGGCGCUGUAUGUCUACAAUGAUGCCGUCUUCACUGCGGAGGACUGGAAUGGGAUUCAGGAGAUAGCCAGGAGCAGGAAGAGGGAUGACCCGCUGAAAGUUGGACGAUUUGGGAUUGGAUUCAACUCCGUCUACCAUAUUUCAGAUGUUCCGAGUAUAUUCAGCGGAGACCAGAUUGCCAUGCUGGACCCUCACCAGACCCUGUUUGGAGCCAACGAGUCAGGACAGUGUUGGAACUUAAAGACGGACGUUAACGAGAUCUCCAAAUUGUCUGACCAAUUUGCCCCGUAUGUGGGGAUAUUUGGGAGCUGUGAGAAAACCAUCAAGGACGGCUGCUUUCCCGGAACACUGUUCCGCUUCCCACUACGCAUGAAACCGUCCCAGCUCAGCAGCAACCUUUACAACAAAGAAAAGGUUUUGGAACUUUUUGAGUCGUUCAAAGCUGACGCAGACACAGUAUUGCUCUUUCUGAAGUGUGUUCAGAAGAUCUCUUUGCAUGUGCGCCAAUCUGAUGGUACAGAGCGGAUGUUGUUUCAAGUUACGGCUCAAGAAAACACUGAUGAUAAACUCGAGAGGACAAACUCACUGGCGACUUUGGCUGAGGCGGUUGACGGCUACAGCAACCGUGUCCCCAGUUCCAUCAUCACAUGCGUCACUUACCAGGUCAGCAUAGAGACUCGGGAUCAAACCAAGAAAGAGUCUCGGCGGAUGAAGUGGCUUGUGUGUAAUGGCGUCGGUGGGAGAGGAAUGUGCGCCGAGUUGGACUCUCUUGCGGAUGACCUCAAGUUCAUGCCGGCCAUUGGCAUUGCUCUGCCUCUGACGUUUGUGGACAGAGAGAAUGAAGGGGCCACCUGUGGUUUCUCAGGACGAGCGUUUUGCUUCCUUCCCCUCCCGCCCGGUGAGGAGGGUGAGACGGGACUUCCAGUACAUGUCAGCGGGUUCUUUGGCCUCACAGAUAACCGGAGGAGUAUCAAAUGGCGGGAUGUGGACCAAUGGCGGGAUCCAGCUGCCUUAUGGAAUGAGAUACUUACAAUCACUGUCAUCCCCCAGGCUUAUUUCAUUCUCAUCACUGAGGUUAUCAAAAGGGUACAGACCAAAACGGACCAAGACUUUCCAUUGUCCCCGAGAAGGACCUACGUGGCCUGGCCAGACCCAGACCGGGUCAAAUCCCGGUGGAAACCCAUCCUCCAGCCCCUGUUUCAUGACCUCCUACGGCACCGUGUCUUCUAUUCCCUCAGUGAAAGCUGGGUCAGCUUGGACCAAGCUGUAUUUUCAGAGCUCAACCUCGACAAAGACAUUUCGCAGACUGUCAUUAACUACCUCCAAAGCUCAGGGAUGCAGGUGGUGCAGGUGCCUCCGGCGGUGGACUCGGUCUUGGCUGCCUACGGCACUCUCGAGUCGGCAGAAGUGAGAAAGAUCACGCCACCUUUGCUACGGCAGCUCGUCAGGAAGUCCAAACACAACGGGCCCUUAGAGGAGAAGCUGCUGCUGCUGGAGUUUGUGCUGAGUGACGCUAAUUACAGUGACCUACUAGGACUGGAGCUCCUGCCCCUUCAAGAUGGAACAGUUGCCACAUUUUCAUCUUCUGUCACCGAAAAAGAUUCUGUUUACAUUCCAUCUGCCGAUUAUCCCAGGUCUCUCUACCCAGGGCUCGAGGGUCGGUUCGUUCUAGAACGUAUUAAACCUUCAGUAAUGGAGAGACUCAAGGAAGCAGCCAAAAGCAGAGUUCAGCGGUAUCUUUGGGGGUGCUCAGGAAGACCCUGUACUCAGCUACAAAUGUUGAAUCCGGACCGCUCAGCACGACUCCUCAAGGAGAUCCUGUCAACAACUUGGCCAAACAGAGACUUGAUGACCCAAUGGGAACCUGGAAACCGAGAGCUGAAGCAUCCAACAGUUUCUUGGUUAAAGAUGGUUUGGAAGCAUCUUUACAUACAUUUUGCCGAUGACCUUAGCACCUUUGACGAUAUGCCUUUGAUUCCAUUUGUGCCAGUGGAGGAAUGCAUGGAAAAAGUUCAACUUUUGCGCCUCAAAUGUCCAUCACCUAUCAUUCUCGUAGAACAGAACGAAACACAGCUGUUCUCUGAAUGCCUUCUUGAACUUAUGGAAAAACUUGGAGCUGUGGUCAUGAAAAAACAGGAUUCGUGUUUGCAGCAUCCCCAACUCAAAAAUUACAUCCAUCCGUGCUCUCCUGGAAUGUUGCUACGAAUUAUGGGUAGAUUGUCAAUGCAACGUUUAGUGAGCCAAGUGUCAUCGUUCUCUGUCCAAGAGAGGAUUACACUCAGAAACUUCCUCUCCGGGUUGUCUGAUGUCACAGAAAAAGAAAAGCACACUCUGCUUGAGCUUUCCAUCUUCGAGAGAGUUGGGACCUGUGCAGAAGGUGUUUCAGCGUUUACAUCACUGAGAGGGGCCAGAGCUUUGCAUCAUAGAGCAAAGUACCCACCAGAUGUAAAAUUAUCUCUGUGCCUGGUUGGCUCCCGUGAUGAGGAGUCCAUUCGCCUCAUAAAAAAACUAAAAGUAGCACAAGUGAAAACAAGUGAGUGUUUGAAAACGAUCAUCCAUGAUAUUCAGAGUGGAUUCUACACGCCAGAUGAGAUAACCAAAAUUAUGCUUUGGGCACUUCAACAUUUGGCCUUCCUAAAGAAUGAAAACUCAUCUGUCAUUGGAUGGCUUUCUGCUCUUAAAUUUAUUGAACUGCCCUGUGGGAGGACCGUGACGGCCUCAGAACUUUUUGAUCCAGAUCUGGAGAUUCUGCAGAAUUUGUUUUACAAGGAAGAUGAAACCAGAUUUCCCACUCGUACAUUCACCUCAUCCCCUGAUGUUCUCCAUUCGCUGCGCCAGUUGGGGCUAAGAAAUGAAGUACAACUCAGUGAGAAAGAUGUUCUUGAAGUAGCAAAGACCAUAGAUGAUUUACAAAGUCAGCCGGAUCCUGAGUGGGAGUCCAUAAUAAAAAAGGCCGAAACACUUUUGCAGAUUCUCAACAAACAAACCAAACUGGUGAAAUCAGCAGCUACUCAGGCGUCUUUGUUAAAACUCAGUUGGGUACCUGUCUGCAAAGAAAGGCCUCCCAACUACCCCAGAUCCCUGACUUGGCUUGGGGAUAAUCUGAACAUUAGUUCUCUGGUCGACAUGUGUAACAUAUCUCAUGCUGUGCUCGUGGGAUCCUCUGUUGCCCUGGUCGAACACACGUCAGCCGGUAUGAAGAAAGCAUUGAAACUAACCGUCGAGCCACGGGUGGAUCAGGUCUUGCAGCACCUCAAAGCUGUGAAUGACUGGCAUACAUCUCAGUCCUUCACCACAGAGGAUUGGUAUCAGUUCCAGCAGAUCCUGUUUGAGAUAUAUGGCUUCAUGCAAGCUCAUCUUGAGAGCGCCAGAGAAGCAAUGACAGCAUUGACUUUUGAUUGGGUGUGGACUGGGAAGACAUUCUCACCUCCUGGCCAAACAGUGUUAAAACCCCUGCCCAAUUUAGACCUCCAGCCAUAUCUGUACUCUCUUCCCAAAACAAUGAGAAAGUUUCACAAGCUGUUCAAGUUUUGUGGUUCACUUGAAGAGGUUUGUCCAACCCAUGUCAUGGAAGUCAUAACCACCAUCCGAAAAAGAAGUGAAGGCGAGAUCACCAAGGAGGAAAGCAAACAUGAUGUUCUGCUUUUGAUCAACAUCCUGCGGUGGCUUUACAACAAUCAAAUACAUGUUGACACGCACAUGCAUGUUCCUAUUCUUAAUUACAAGGAUCCAAGCAAAUUGGCAAUGAGGCCCAUUCAUGAAUGUACCUACUGUGACAUCAAAGUAGACGAUUUGAAUGACCUACUUGACGAUGCAUCAGAGCCGAUCAUAUUGGUCCAUGACGACAUCCCCAUGAAAACUGCGGAGUGGCUGAAAGUGCCAUGUCUGAGCACGAGGCUGAUAAACCCAGAGAAUCUUGGGUUCGAACAAUCAGGUCAACGUGAACCUCUCACAGUUCGAAUAAAGAACAUCUUAGAGGAAUAUCCGUCUGUCGCAGACAUUUUUAAAGAGCUUCUCCAGAAUGCAGAUGAUGCAAGUGCAACUGAGUGUAGUUUUCUUAUUGACAUGAGAAAAAACACGGACAUUCGAGAAAAUCUCCUUGACCCGGGCAUGAUCGUGUGCCAUGGACCGUCCUUGUGGUCUUUCAAUAACUCGGUCUUCACAGAUACGGACUUCCUAAACAUUACUAGGUUAGGAGGGUCAAUGAAAAGAUGUGAGGCUGACAAAGUUGGCAAGUUUGGCUUGGGCUUCAACUCGGUUUAUCACAUCAGUGACAUCCCAAUUAUCAUGAGCAGAGAAUUCAUGAUCAUGUUUGAUCCAAAUAUAAAUCACAUUAGCAAGCACAUCAGAGAUAAAUCCAACCCAGGGAUCAAAAUCAACUGGAGCAAACAACAGAGACGCUUAAGGAAAUUCCCGAACCAGUUCAAACCUUUCAUAAAUGUCUUCAAUUGCCAGCUUCCUCUCGCCCAAGAUUUACCGUACAAAUACGAUGGAACCUUAUUCAGGCUCCCAUUCAGAACCGAGCAGGAGGCCUCAGUGAGUGAAAUUAGUAGUUUGUACUAUAACACCACCGAUAUCUACUCCCUUGUUGAUGAGUUCAGUAUAUGUGGCCAUCGGUUCAUUCUGUUCACUCAGCAUGUUGGUUGUAUGGUCCUAAAGUACCUGAAAUAUGAAGAACCAAAUCCUGCCGGAGCUCAAGAUGUCGUGACCAUAAACAAGAGUGUGUGGUCGUCCAAAGCCUCAUAUGGACCUCUGAGUAUCCUGAAAUCUGCAGCUAAAGUAAUGAAGAAAGUAGUAAACACCAAUCGAGUACCCACUGACAUUCCCAAAUCCGGCUGCAUCAUUCGUGUUGUAGUGGAAGAGUUUCAUAAUGUCUUCAAACGUAUAGUCGACCUCCAUUCCCCAUUGUUCAGGGGCUCAGAGGAAGAUCCAAACCAGUACUUUGAAUUGGCUGCCAAAGGGAUUCAGACAAGACGGUUAACAGAUGAAAUGCCCCAGAAGGCAGUUGAGGUCACCAACUGGCUCAUUUGCUCAUGCAUGGAUGGAACUGAGGCACUCAAAUUUUCACUCAGCGAUAGUGGGAAAAGGCUUGGACUUGUGCCUUGCGGUGGAGUGGCUGUUCUACUUACAGAAGAGGAGAACAGGAAAUGGACUGUUAGGUCAAAUGCCAUCCCGAUAGGAGAGGUGUUCUGCUACUUGCCUCUCAGAAUAAAAACAGGCCUACCUGUUCACAUUAAUGGCUGCUUUGCUGUGACUUCCAACCGCAAAGAGAUCUGGAAGACAGACACAAAAGGAAGAUGGAAUUCCGUCUUCAUGAGACAUGUCAUUGUUCAGGCAUAUUUGGCAGCACUCACGAUGCUUCGUCUGAUGGCCGAAAGUGGAGAGCUCCUUGACUACAGCUACUAUGCGACAUGGCCCGAUCCAAGUCAGGUUCACGAUGACUUCACAUUAGUCAGUCAAGGGGUCUACCAAGAAAUAGCCAAGGGAGGUGAUGAAGAGCAGGCCAAGUUUUUUUCUGAUGGCACAACCUGGGUGUCGAUCAAAUAUGUCAGGUUUCUCGAUGACGCCCUCCUCUGUAAGGCAGACAUCGGUCCUGCCGCUUUCAAGAUUUUCUUAAAAUAUCUAAAGAAGAGUGGCUCCCAAAACCUUUGUGCUGUUGAGCUACCCGAAUGGGUGAAGGAGGGAUUUGAUGAUGCGGGAUGUAAAAGGACCUUGAUGGAAAACACCCUGACUGAAAAGGAAUUCUUUGCAGAUGUGUUUUUACCGCACAUUGAGGAAAUUGAAAAAGAGCUUCGAAAUCCCUUAAUGCUGUACGUCCUGAAUGACAAAAUGGAAGAAUUUGCACCGAUUCUCAAGGAAAUUCCUUGUAUCCCCUGCUCCAGUCCCAACAAGGAAUUAGUUUUACCCUCACGACUCAUUCACCCAGAAGGAAGAGUUGCCAAACUCUACAGCACUGAUGAUGGAAGAUUUCCUGCCGGAACUUCUAAGGACUACCUAAACCCAGUAUGCCUAGUCAAGCUUCUGCAGCUGGGCAUGGUGAAGGAUGAUCUGUCGUGGGAAGAUUUGAUUGAACGCGCUGAAUCGGUUGACGCUUUGAACGAGAGUGAUCACGCAGCCGCAUGCUUUCGCAGCAGCGUGCUGCUCAGCCUGAUCGAUGAGAAACUUAAGAUGAGAGACCCAGGAUCGCCCGAGCUGCUGGAAAAACUACGUGACAUCAAGUUUCUCCCGUUUCUAACAAGACCCGCGGGGUUCUCACUACCAUGGCAUGGUAAUAGCUUCUCCCCAACAACCAUGUUCUCUGCAAGAGAGAUCUUUACAACUGAGCAUCAGGACAUAGUAUGUCUGAUGAAGACGGUGUUGAAUGAGAACUCACCAUCUUUCAAAGGUUGUGGCGCAAUGUCAUUGGCUGUGAAAGACUGCCUGGGUCUAAUAAAGAAGCCCUCGGUUGAACUAGUGAUCAGUCAGCUCAAGAAACUAUCUCAGGCAUUUGAUGGCGUCACUCUCUAUCAAGAAAACAUAACAAAUGCCUGUUACAAGUAUUUGCAUGAGGAGAUGCUUCAAAGUGAGAAAGCAAAAGGGAAGUUAACUGUGGAACUAAAAGCAUUUAACUCUAUUUUGGUAGAGAACACCUAUGUGAAUCCCUCCAAAGUUGCAUUCCACUUAAAUUUUGAUGCUGCUCCACACCUUUACCAGCUCCCGAACAAAUACAGGAACAGCUGUCGUGAGCUCUUUGAAAAUGUCGGCGUACAGCCAAGCUUCACAGUUGAUGACUUUUCAUCGAUACUUGAAAUUAUGAAACAACAAUGUGGGCAAAGAACUCUCACGGAAGAAAACUUCCAGCUGAGUCGCAGAAUUGUCAGUGAGGGAAUAUGGAGCUUGAUACGUGAUAAAAGUCCAGAAUACUGCCAAGCAAAUUAUGGUGCCAUUCUUUUACCAGACUCAAAGUUAAUGCUGCAGCCAUCGAAAUCUCUGUGCUACAAUGACUGUCCUUGGAUCAAAGUCAGAGACUGUUCCGUGAAGUACUGCCAUGGAGAUAUUCCAAGAGAGGUUGCCGUGAAACUCGGAGCAGUUCCGAAACGUCACAAGGCCUUGGAGAGGUACGCGUCAAAUGUUUGUUUCACUGCACCUGGAAGUGAGUUUGGUCAAAAGGAAAAACUUACAAGUCGAAUCAAAAGCAUCCUGGAUGCAUAUCCAUCUGAGAAAGAGAUGCUGAAAGAGCUGCUUCAAAAUGCAGACGAUGCCAAAGCUACUGAAAUCUACUUUGUUUUUGAUCCCAGAACACACCCCACCGAGAGAAUAUUUGAUGACAAAUGGAUUCCCAUGCAAGGUCCUGCACUUUGUGUGUACAACAAUCAGCCUUUCACUGAAGAUGAUAUCAGAGGAAUACAAAACCUUGGAAGAGGAACAAAAGAGGCAAAUCCAGGAAAAACUGGCCAAUAUGGCAUAGGAUUCAACUCCGUCUACCACAUCACCGAUUGUCCCUCAUUCAUCUCAAACAAUGACAUCCUGUGCAUAUUCGAUCCACAUGCACACUAUGCACCCGGGGCAACGUCUGUGAGUCCUGGAAGAAUGUUCAGAGACUUGGACUCUGACUUCCGAUCUCAGUUCUCUGAUGUCCUCAAUCUGUAUUUGGGAGCUCAUUUUAAAUUAGAACGCAGCACAAUGUUCCGAUUCCCCAUUCGCUCUACGGAUAUGGCGAAGAUAUCAGAGAUCAGCGCCAUCCCAGCGUCAGACAGAAUGGUCCAAAACCUCCUGGAAAAGCUAAAGAAUGAUGGCGCAGAGCUUCUUAUGUUCCUGAACCACAUGGAAAAAAUAUCAAUCUGUGAAGUUAACAAUGAAACAGGAGACCUAAACGUACUCUACUCUGUGAUUGCAAAAAUCACGGAGAGUGAUCGCUUAAAACGCAAACAGUUCCAUGCCUCGGUCAUUGACAGUGUGACCAAAAAGAAGCAGCUCACUGCUAUUCCAGUUCAACAGAUAACCUACACAAUGGACAUAGAGGACACAGAAGGUAAUUUGACCACUUGGAUGAUCUGCAAUCGUUCUGGCUUCCCAAACAUGGAACUUGUCUCAAAAAGUGUGAUAUCAGCGCACAAGAAUGAGGACAUAACACUCUUUCCACGUGGAGGAGUCGCGGCAUGUGUUAGCCACAACUACAAAAAACCCCACAGAGCUUUCUGCUUUCUGCCACUUUCGCUCGAAACCGGCCUCCCCUUUCAUGUCAACGGACAUUUUGCCCUGGACUCUGCCCGAAGAAACUUGUGGAGAGAUGACAAUGGAGUUGGGGUGAGGAGCGACUGGAAUAAUAAUUUGAUGACGUCACUGAUAGCGCCCGCUUGUGUGGAACUGCUGAUUCAGAUCAAACGACGAUGUUUCCCGGGUCCUGAUCCAACUAUGACCGUGCUACAGGGAACUCCCCUUCACGUUGCAAAAGAUAUCUUGAAAAAGUUUUUGUUUUUCUUCCCAGUCAACAGAAUGGACAUCCAGCCAGAUUGGUACUGCCUGGUCAAAGCCGUGUACAACUGCAUCCACGUGGACCUGAAGCGCCUUCUGCCUGUCGUCAGAGCACCACAAAUGGACAACUCUGACAUGCACUCAGUCAUUUACAUCUCCUGGGCAACCACAUCCACGGCUCCCAAGGGUCGAGCCUUUUUUGACAAUCUGCUACAGGAUGAACUGCAGAACCUGAAAAACGCAGAGUACAAUAUCACCUCCAGAAAGUCUGUGGCCGAAAAUGUUUACAGGCUAAAAACCUUGCUUCUUGAUAUAGGUUUCAACCUGGUUCACAGUUGUGACGAGACUGCAAACCUCUACCUGUGUUUGGAAGAUGCAGGGAUAGCAGUGAGUUAUGUCACACCAGCGGAAGUCCGCAACUUUCUUCAUACGUUCUCAUCCCCAGACACCUCUUGUCUUGUCGGAAAGCUACCCUGCCGCCUUCAACAGUCAAACUACAAACAUGUUCACAAUUUGAAACUUAUUGUUGAUUACUGCUUCAAAGAUGUUGAGAUGGAUGGAACCGUAAUUGAAGGCCUCCCUCUGUUGCUCACGAUGGACAAUAUUCUUCAAGUAUUUGAUUCCAAGAGACAGAAAUUUCUAACAUCACACCAUGAGCUCAUUCCAUCCAGAAAGGAGAUGUUCGUGAAUACAAUGCAUCUCAAAUACAGCGCCAUCUUGUUGAAGGCGGGACUAGCAAAGGUAUUUGACAUCAGCAGCUUUGGUGAUCUUCUGGGAUCUGUUCUUCCAAGAGAGUAUCGAACAAAGGUUCCUGUUAAGUGGCGAGACACAUUUGGAAGUGAAUCCUGGCUUAAGGGUCUAUGGAACUUCAUCAGCGAGAAUGUGGCACUCACGGAGGAGCAGCAGGAUAUCAAACCAAAUUUUGACACAGUCCUUGACAUCCUCAAGGACUGGGCGUUGGUACCCGGUAUCAAGUUCAUGGCGAGAGAAAAGCUUGUUAUUCCCGAGUAUGACAUGCUUUUACCCCUGAGUUUAAUGAACAUAGCCAUAUUUCCCCAUGGCCAAAAUGACAAAAUAUUCCACACCCUAAUGAAAGCGGGAUGCAUUCAACUUGCUGUGAACAAAAUCUGUCUCAAAGAAAAUCCACUCAUGCCGUUUCUGUCACACCAUACAGCAAACAUUGAAAAUCCAUCAAGUGUUCUGAAAGCUCUUGAGUACAUGAUUCAGACGUCUACAUUCAAGGCCGGAGGCCUAACCGAUAAGGACUUUGAGGUGCUUAUGUUGUAUUUCACCUGCAACCUAGCGAGCCUCACACAACAGGAUGCGCAGAGCCUAAAACUACUCCCAUGCUUCAAAGCCGUGAGUGGACGAUACAUCAGCAUUUCAAAUUAUGGCUCCACUUAUGUGCUUGCAAAAAACAUUCCCACGGCAGAUAUAGAGAAGUGGGCCCACACAGCCACUUGUGCAUUUCUUGCCGAUAGCUCGCAAUUGAGAGAGCUGUACACUUUCCUUGGCUGCAUGCCAAUUGAUGACAUACAAAUUUACCUUCAUCAUCUCCUGCCAAAGUUUGAAAGUCUUUCCUAUCAUGCCAAAGCCGAACACGUUGUCUACUUGAAGGACAGACUAUUGUCAAUGGAAGAGUCGUGUGAAAUGAGGGAUCAUCUGUUUGAGAAAUUGGAAGGGCUGACAUUUAUCUAUGACUACUCAAACAGACUCAGGCCAGCCAAGUUUUUCUUUGACCAAACAGUGAAGGUGUUUGAAGUGAUGCUUCCUGCGAAGUCGUUCAUACCAAGUGAUUUCUUCAGGAAAGUUGAGCAAUUUUCAAAACUCAAGAAUGUAUCAUUGUCGUUCACGCCGUGGAUAACCUUCCUGAGAAAAAUUGGCUUGAAGCAUGAAGUGUCCCAGCAGCAAAUUCUUCAGUUCGCAAAAGAGGUCAGCAUCAAAUCGCAAACCGAAAGCUGGAACAAAGACAAAGUGCAAAACAUCAUCGAUGUUCUCCUGAAUCAUAUUUUCAAAGAAAGGGUGGAUUUGUUUCAAGGUACUUUUCUGAAAGAGCUCUCAUUGAUACCAUUCCUUUGUCCCGAGAGAGCACCCAAAGAAUUGAUCAAGCUUCAUUCGCAAUACCAAGAAAUGAAUGGAACACUUCCUCUUAUUCGAUUCAGCGGGUCUCAGGUCAAUCCCAAAUUCAAGCAAACAGAUGUAAUUCACUUACUGUGGACAGCUUGCCCAAUUUUGCCCGAAAAAGCUACCCCUUCAAGCAUCAAAGAGCAGGAGGGAACCACACUAACUGGACAAGAGCAACUUGAUCAAGUGCUAGCCACAUUGGGGGUCAACUUGGACCCGCCAUUGGAUAAAGUCAUUUGUAACUGCAAGAAUGUCUGCAACAUAUCCAAUCCAGAUGAUGAAAUGGUAAAAACUAGGAACAAAGUUUUGAGGUCCACAUAUGAGUUUUUAAAUGCAGAAAAAAGAGAUUUUCGCAACCAGCUUCGCGGGGUGGCUUUUGUCAUGGUGGAGGAUGGCUUGAAGUUGCUGAAACCAGAAGAAGUUGUGAUCAAUUUGGACAAUGAAUCUGACUUCAAACCCUACUUGUACAAAUUACCCCUGGACCUUGGCACCUUCCAUCAACUGUUUAAACUUCUUGGCACUGAGGACGUUGUGUCAACCAAACAGUAUGUUGAAGUGCUGUGUCGGAUCCACAGAAGUUCUGAAGGCAAGCAGCUUGACCCAAAUGAAAUGAGGACCGUGAAAAGGGCUGUGUCCGGAUUGUUCAAGGCUCUUCAUAAUGAGCCCGUGGAAAUACGGAAAGAUCUGGAGAGUCUCAGAGAUUUGCUCUUUUAUCUCCCAAGUCAUGAUGGAAGAUUAGCCAAAUCCAGUAGUUUGGUCUAUGAUGAUGCUCCACACUACAAGAGUCGAAUUCAGGGUAACGUUGGUGUUCAAAUGCUUGUGGAUCUGAGCCAAUGCUAUCUGGGCAAAGAUCACACGUACCAUACCAAGUUAAUCAUGCUGCUUCCUCAGAAUCUAAGGCCGAGACUACUGAGCAGCAUUCUUGAAGAGCAACUGGACGAAGAGUCCCCCAAAAUGUGCCAGUUUGGAGCUCUGUGUUCACUUCAAGGUCGCCUCCAGUUGUUGCUCUCCUCCGAACAAUUCAUCACGGGACUGAUCCGAAUAAUGAAGCACGAAAAUGACAAUGCGUACCUUGUCAAUGAGGAAAAAGCCAUACGGCUCUGCAAAGCACUUUGCGAAGGGCUGAAAGUAUCUUGCUUUGAGAAGCUCCAGACAACCUUAAGAGUAAAAGGAUGCAGCCCCAUCCCACAUAGCCGCAGUGAAACCCUUGCCUUUCUCAAGAGGUACGGCGCCGCUGUCAUUCACCUCUACAUCCAGCAUUCCGACAGCAAAGACAUCAAUUUUCUCUUGGCUCUGGCCAUGACACUGAAGUCUGCUACGGACAAUCUGAUUUCGGACACCUCUUAUCUAAUUGCCAUGUUGGGCUGCAAUGACAUCUACCGGAUCACAGAGAAGCUGGACAACCUUGGUGUCAAGUAUGACUCCACGGAGCCUUCCAAACUUGAGCUACCCCUCCCCGGAACACCAAUUCCUGCUGAGAUACAUUGCACCCUCCUCAUGGACCCAAUGAAUGUUUUCUACCCUGGAGAGUACGUGGGUUAUCUUGUUGACUCCGAAGGAGGAGAUGUAUAUGGCUCCUAUCAUCCCACGUACACAUAUGCCAUCAUUGUUCAGGAAGUAGAACGAGAAGGGGAGGAAAAUGCCACUUUCCUGGGAAAAUGUUUCCAGAUUGACAUUGGUUACAGCGAGUACAAAAUAGUCAGUUCCCUUGACUUGUACAAAUUCUCCAGACAAGACGAAAGUGCCAACGUGCAGGAAAGCAGCGCCCCGUCCACGCCCACAAGUCCAGACAGUCGCAACUCAGGCAAGCAAAUGGCCCACCCUCUUUUUGCUAGCAGAGACAACCAGAGACCUCCCACACAAAAACAGUCCCCCAAAAAGAUCAAGCUGAAAGCUCUGCCAGAGAUCCUGAAAGAAGUCACCUCAGUCGUUGAGCAAGCUUGGAAACUUCCCGAGACGGAGAGAAAGAAAAUCCUGCGCCGACUAUAUCUCAAGUGGCACCCGGACAAAAACGCAGAGAAUUUGGACAUUGCAACUGAGGUUUUUAAGCAUUUGCAGAAUGAAAUCAACAGAAUGGAAAAGCAGCCUUUGGCUGACCCGCAGAAUACAGACCGAGCAUCCAGGAGACCUUUCUCAACAUCCUCUGCUCGCUUCCAGUCAGAGAAGUCCUCCUUCCAAAGGUUUUAUUCGUCUUGGAACCAGGAAGCAACAAGUCACAAACCGGAUAGGCAACAGGCUCGGGGAGAUUGCCCAAGCUAUGGUGCUUCACACUCACACAACCACCGCUUUUUCGUGCCGCCGACUUUUAAGACGGUAGGAAACCCCGUGGAGGCUCGCAGGUGGUUGAGACAAGCCCGAGCCAACUACUCCGCGGCUCGCAAUGACCUCCACAAAAACGCCAAUGAGUGGGUCUGCUUUAAAUGCUACCUGGCCACAAAGCUCGCCCUUAUUGCCGCGGACUACGCUGUCCGAGGAAAGUCGGAUAAAGACGUGAAGCCAACAGCCCUGGCGCAAAAAGUCGAGGAGUACAACUCUCAUUUGUCAGGACUCGCCAGUGAUGUUCAGAUCCUGGAAGGGUACGGCGUGGACAGUCUGCGAACCCGCUACCCCGAUCUUCUGCCCUUUCCACAGAUCCCCAAUGAUAGAUUCACAUCUGAAGUAGCCAUGAGGGUGAUGGAAUGUACAGCGAGGAUUAUCAUAAAGCUUGAAAACUUUGUCCAGCAAAAAAUGUAAAUGCACUGAUGACCAGUGGAUGUGUGCAAUAAGGAGGUAUCUACAGUAGCUGGCAGCUUACGGUGCACGUGUGACUGUGAGUCUACGGCUCCCGUUGCAGAUCAGGGUGCCGCAAUGCACAUUUGCGGUUAUAAAUGUGCAUCAGCUGUACAUAUGAUUGCCUCAGCAAUGUUGUUACCCAAAGUACUGGAUGUUGAAUUUUUUUUUUUGAAUGCUGCUUUUUACUCGCAAUUUUUUUUUUUACAAGAUUCUAUUUAUCUAUUUUAUUGCCACUGAAACAGGAAUGUAAGCAAUGUGCUCAAACUGGAAAAAGUGCAGGUAAUCUGUAAGUAUUAGACAUUGUUAUGCAAUGUCCCUGUUAUAUUUGUUAUACUUCAUUUUGUAUUUGUAUAUUCAAUUUGUUUCGUUAAUGCCGAAGUUGAACAUGUUCUGCAUCUGUAGUCUUCUUUAUGGAGGAAGCACCUUUCAAAAAUAUAUUUAUGGUCUUGCACUUGUCUCAUCUUCUUGGAACAAUCCACUGUGAAUUUGGUCUCUUCUCUUUUGUUAGUUCUCCAUAAUUUUGCUGAAGCAAUGUCAAAUACAGAAAUGUUGGAUACAGAUUUUGUGACUAUGAAUCAUCUUUACCUGCUCAAAUGAACUUAGUCUCUGUUUUGCACAGCUCAAACUACGAUGUUGUUUAUUGAACAAUUCAUAAAAACAGUGCUGCAGAUAACAAACGAUCAGAAAAUUGAAUACUUUGUAGUUUUAUGGAGAUUUUUAAGCGCAAUUCAGGUCCAGCUGGAACAUGCAAGAUUCUCCGCUCGCCUUCUUCACAUUAGCGAAUAGAGAACAGCAUUUUUUUCCCCUCUAAAGGCUCAUUCACACAUUUAAACACACUGGAAAUGUCUUUUAAAAUGUUAUGCCAUUGUCAUCUGUUAUUACCUGAAGCUUGAGAGGACGCAGUCGGGAGAACUCGAAUUAAAGUACAGGUACAGUAGAAUUGUGUCAUGUGGAUGUAAACCGUGCCAUCAGAAGGCCCAAUAAAUUAUUUCAACAUUGAA